CACACACACACACAGCACUCCGUUCCAUCUGUUCUGUUCGCUUUUGCGCCCGUCGAGCUAUCCUAGCCUGGUAGUCCCUACUGGUGGUUACGUCAGUGCUGCCAUACUGAGAGCGCGCAUCUACUGUGACAGCACGGAGUACUCCAUAUACAAUACCGUGGAUAUCAUGUCUUCCGACCGUCGGCGACUGGAUUCCGUGGCGUCCAUGUACGAUGCUCGAAGCGAGCGGUACGACGACAACGACGUGCACGUUCGACAGGCGUGCGACUAUCUGAGCUGGGCCGACCUCAAGCCCGGCGAGAACGUGCUGGACCUCGCGUGCGGCACCGGUCUCGUGGCGCUGGGGGCGAAGAACCUCGUCGGUCCGUCGGGGCGGGUCGUCGGCGUCGAUAUCAGCGAGGGCAUGCUCGGUGUGGCUCGGCGCAAGGCGGCGACCAUGGGCUUUCUCGAAGAAGACUCGGUGUUGUUUGUGAAGCACGACAUCUCGGACCUGACUGGUCUGCUGGAAACAGUCGCUAUUCCGGCCCAGGGACCUCAGGGACCGCCCUCACAAGGAGGACGAUCAUUAGACGCACACGCACACGCUCACGCCCGGUUCGACGUGAUCACAUGCGCAGCCGCUUUGAUUUUGCUAGAGGACCCCGUCGCCGCGGUGCGAAAUUGGCGAGAAACCGUCCUUGCACCCGUGGGCGGCAGAGUCGUCACGGACGUGCAGACCAAGGACGCGAAUAUCGUUAUGAAUGUCUUUGCGGACAUUGCGCGCGACCUGCGCGAGUUAGAUCACGACCAGAACAAGGUCAAUGUCUCCAUACUAUGGGACGCAAAGCGCUGGCAGUCGAAAGAUGCGCUCGCCGAGGUCAUGCGACAGGCCGGGUUGACGGUUGAAAGGGUCUUUGAGACGGAGCCGUACGCUAGGCAGACUUACAAAUGUGAACAGGCGGGUGAGCUUUUCGACAAGGCCGUGGACAAGGAGAUGUUCAGGAGUUUCGGGGCAGAGGACAUCCGGGAUACGGCGAGAGACUUGUUCAUUCGGAGGUUUCAGGAUCUCGCUGCGGGUUCUACUGGGAGUACAGGGUCGGUCGAGGAGGAGACGAGGUUCUGGGUGAUUGUGGCAUCGACGCCGUGA